CAUCGCCGCCCCCGUGCAGCGGGGUGUAUUUAAAUAAAUACCUGUAGUCACCUACCCUGGUCUGGUGUAAAAUAAAUACCUGUAGUCACCUAUCCCGGCACGAUCGAGCCGCAGGGUCACACCGGGGCGAGUCCCUGACGUGACACUUCAGGGAGGGCAGAGUACAGUGAGACACCCCGGAGGGAUUCUUGUAGCCGGGGGUGAAAGAUAAGUCUUGUUUUUCUUCUGUUUCACCAGUUUCCUGGACUUCAGGUUCGGGCAGGAUUCUGGGUGCCGUGAAAUCCUUUGUUGUGACUCUCGCAGACUCGUGAAGCCCUGGGUUUAGCUGCACUCACCUGCUGUGAGGAUGGACAGCGAGGUGCAGAGGGAUGGCAGGAUCCUGGAUUUGAUCGAUGACGCGUGGAGGGAAGAUAAAUUGCCCUACGAGGACGUGGCUAUCCCUCUGAAUGAGCUCCCUGAACCAGAGCAAGACAACGGUGGCACCACCGAGUCUGUGAAAGAGCAAGAAAUGAAGUGGACAGAUUUGGCUCUCCAGUAUCUCCAUGAAAACGUUCCACCCACGGGAAACUAGUGAAUCAGUGAGAUUUCAUGCAGCAGAUGCAUGAAUGCCACAUGAAAAUAUUUUUCAGCUGACCACUGUUGUCAGAAGCUGCUCUAAGGAAGAAACAGCAUUCCUGAAACAUUUGGAUUCCAGCAGUGGUUCUGCUCACAGCGACCAGUUUAAAAUGCUUCUGUAAUGAGUGUGAAAUAGCAGAGGCUCUCUGACACCCAGAGCUAAGAGCACAAUGUUUCACUUAUUUAUUUCAUUUUUUCUGUUAAAUUUUUCUGAAGUUGGUGCCAAUUCUGAUCUUCAGUGUUUUCUACACAUGAUUAAAAAGUAGUUUUUACUGUC